GACGGGAAUACAGAUCCUUAUGGGCUGGAUCCGAUGUACGCCUUUUCAAAAGGUUUGGGAUUUUGAGUUGCCGGGAAAGUGCUGGAAUCCUCAUAUCUUCUUUUAUUACUCAAUUUUUAGCUCUGGUAAAUACUCCCUUUUGGUUCGACGAUGUUGAGGGUCGAUUCAGAAAUGUGCGAGUAGUGCUAACAAGGCUGGUUGAUAGUGUAUUCGGGUGCAAUGGAUAUGGUUCUCUCGAUACUGCCGUGGCCGACUGUUUGGACUUUGCAUAUGGAGAUGAAAAGAAAGAUUGGUGUGGCUAUUGCUAUGAGCAUGGGAGUGCUUGCGGGCAUAGUGGCCAUGGUCAAAGCAGCUAUUUUCUUGCCUGCUAUAACCAGUGAAGAUUUCAGUUACGCCAUCGUCAACUUUAUCUUGUGGAGCUUCGCAGAACCAGCUAUUUCUAUUGUCGCCGCAUCUCUUCCUAUGCUUCGAGUUCUUUUGAGCGAAGUCUCGUCCGCCGCGUACACCAAAUAUCCGAAUGACGGUGAAAGUCGAAACCAUACAAUAGAACGACAGAACAACCAGAAGGGCUCGAAGAGCGUGCACACGGUUGCUAUCACAUGCAAAGGGCAGGGUGACACUGGAAGAGUAACCGAUGAGGGCAGUGACAAAAGUAUCUUGGAAAGAGACAUAGAAGGUGGAAGCGGGUUAGAUGUGGAUAUUCAGAAAGGAGCUAUUGUGAUGAGGACAGAAACAAGAGUAGACUUUGCGCGCGGGAGAAUCGCCAACAAGGAAGAAAAACAGUUUGAGAUGCGGGUUAUGUAA